CUUUGAAAAUGCCACUGGUGAUGAACGACGAUUUGACAAACCUUCAUGGGGUUCUCAUCUACCAUGUUGAGGGAAGAGAUCCUGCUGCUCAGAAUGCGGAAGCGGUUGCAGUUCUGAACAACAAGCCGCCUGGCACAUUUUACAUGCGAGUGUCUUCUAUCAAGGGAUGCCUCGUUGUCCAGUUUGUCAAAGACAGUGGGUCGGUUGAUAAGCGACUAGUGGAGCCAGUGCCUAACAACCCCACCAGACUGCGUAUUAGUGUGCACAGAGAAGACAGUUUUGCAAACUUGAGGGAACUGAUUGAACACUUCUGUCGUCACCCUAUCGCCGAGAGAAACAAUUUCGAAGGAGAUAGUUCGAAUACGCUUCGUCGAUAUUACAUACAACCUGAUCUGUUUAAAUUUUCCCAUCGAGUGACCAGUCAUCAGUCGAGCGCCGUCAAUGAACAAAAUGGCCCAGAGUUUUUGCUCUGCGGUGAAAAUGAGGAAGUGGCUGUUGUGAAGGAUACUGCAAAAUGGCUGUUCGCAGUCCACAAGAAGACCGGCAUGUAUGGCAAGCUGCGCAAUGAUGUCGCCACUGAGCCUGCCGAUGCUUUGAAUCUGGCAGAGGACCUAGCUGAUCUGCUCUACAUUCCACCGGGCUACUCGCCCUCUAUGCACUACCCUACAGAAGCAGUGGCUCUGGUAGACUACGGGGUGCCCUACUCAGAGUCAACUCUGGUGUUCCGAAGGGGCGACUUGAUCUGUGUCGAGGGACCAGAUAGUAAAGACGGAGGCAUGUUGUUGGGAUAUCUCAAGCACGCAAAGAAAGAAGAAGAAAAUACAGUCAAGAGUUUUCCUCUCUUUUCUGUCAAAUUUCUCAAACAGUAUGCUAGUGCGAGUUUUUAAUUAGUUUUAUUUCAGAGCCUCGAAAUCAAUCAUUGACCAAAUAAAUAAUUAUA